CAGAGGGGAGAGAGAGCACAACUUCAAUCAAAAUGAGGUGGUUGACGCUAAAGCUGCGAGCACACAUGGUGUUUUUCAUCCUCUGUACCUGUAUUAUAUGCAAGUGUGGACUAAUAAACGGUGAAAUUUGUCAGAGCAAGAACAUCCGAAACAAUGUGACCAACCUCCGGUCACUGGAGAACUGCACCAUCAUUGAGGGCCACCUGAAGAUCCUGCUCAUGUUUGGGGCCAAGGCCGAGGAUUUCAGGGGCGUUAGCUUCCCAAAGCUGCGUGUGGUCACCGACUAUGUGCUGCUGUUCAGGGUCUACGGCCUGGAGACCCUCAGCGACCUCUUCCCAAACCUGACGGUGAUCCGUGGUAACAACCUCUUCUUCAACUAUGCCCUGGUGAUUUACGAGAUGCUGCAGCUGAAGGAGGUGGGUUUGCACAGCCUCAUGAAUAUCACUCGGGGUGCCGUGAGGUUAGAGAAGAAUCCAGACCUGUGCUACCUGGCCACCCUGGACUGGUCCAUGAUCCUGGACUCAGUGGAGGACAACUUCAUUGUGGCCAAUAAGAACGAGCGGGAGUGUGGUGACGUGUGUCCCGGCACAGAGCAGGGCCAGACCCUCUGCACUCAGACCACCAUCAACGGCCACUUCAGGGGGAGAUGCUGGUCGCAGAACUAUUGUCAGACAACAUGCGAUAACUGUAAAAACGGUGCAUGCAGCCGUCUGGGCCAAUGCUGCCACAAUCAGUGUCUGGGUGGCUGUUCGGAGCCAGGGAAUGCCACCAGCUGUGUGGCCUGCAGGAACCUCCAGCACGGAAACAUCUGCGUGGACAAAUGCCCUCCUGGAUACUACAUCUUCCAAGGCUGGCGCUGUGUCAGCUUCUCUUUCUGCCAGGACCUUCACAACCACUGUAAGAAAUCUAAAGAUGUUGAUGCCAACUGCCACGAGUACGUCAUCCACAACGGGGCCUGCAUACAGGAGUGUCCUUCUGGAUACAGCAGCAAUUCCACUACGUUGACCUGUGAACCUUGUGAGGGCCCCUGUCCUAAAGCGUGCCAGGGAAACAAGACAAUUGACUCUGUAACAUCAGCCCAGGCCCUGCGAGGAUGCACGGUCAUUGAGGGCAACAUGGUCAUCAAGAUUCGAGGAGGAACUAAUAUAGCAGCUGAACUGGAGGCUAGCCUGGGACAGAUUGAGGUCAUCAAAGGUUACCUGAGUGUGCGUAGAGCGUACGCGUUGGUCUCCCUCUCCUUCUUGCGAAAAUUACGUACCAUUAAGGGGGAGCAACUUGAGGCAGACAACUAUGCCUUUUACGCGCUGGACAACCAGAACCUUUGCCAACUCUGGGAUUGGUCUAAGCACAACCUCACAAUCGAGCGAGGUCGCACAUUCUUCCACUUCAAUUCUAAGCUUUGCAUGUCUGAAAUCAGAAAGCUGGAAGAGGUCACGGGAACCAAGGAGCGCAACCAGAAGAACGACAUCGCUGUUCGCACCAACGGUGACCAAGCAUCCUGUGAGAUGCAGCAGCUGAACUUUACUCAGAUCAAGGUCAAGUCCAACAUGAUCAUUCUGAAGUGGGAUGCGUUUUGGCCGACUGACUACAGAGACCUGUUGGGAUUUAUGGUUCUCUACAAAGAGGCUCCGUACAAGAAUGUGACAGAGUUUGAUGGACAGGACGCAUGCGGCUCAAACAGCUGGGUGAUUGCCGACGUUGACCCACCGUCCCGUCCCACGGAGGGUAAGAAGGGGGAAGAGCCUGGCUUCUUCAUUCGGGCGAAACCCUGGACCCAGUACGCCAUCAUGGUGAGAACCCAGCUCUCUGCGUCCGAUGAGCAUCAGGUUCAUGGAGCCAAGAGUGAUAUCAUUUAUGUUCGCACGAACGCCUCAAGUCCAUCUGAACCUCUGGACCCCAUCUCCUCUUCGAAUUCUUCAUCUCAGAUCAUCCUGAAGUGGAAGCCUCCCACCAGUCCCAACGGCAACAUCACCCACUACCGGGUCAUCUGUCACAAACAGCCUGAGGACAGUGACCUCUACAAAUUCGACUACUGUCUACAAGGAAUGAAGCUGCCGUCCCGCACCCCGACCCACCUGGACAGCGAAGACGAGCAGAAGUGGAACCAGACGGAAGAGCCAAACUCGGGGGGCCGAUGUUGCACCUGCCCCAAGACGAAACUUGAACUAGAGAAGCAGCAAAAGGAGAUAGCAUACCGCAAGACCUUUGAGGAUUACCUUCAUAAUGUAGUCUUUGAGAGCAGACAUAGUCGUCCACGACGCUCAGUGGACAAUCUUGAGCCCACUGAGUCCUCCCUCUUUCAUAGCACGAUGGCCAAUCUGCAGCUCAACUCCACCAAUGCCUCAUCUGAGGAAGAAGACGAAGAGGAAGAGGGAUCCAAGGUGGUGGUAAAUGUGUUUGGAAAGGAGUCAGCAGUCAUCUCCGGCCUGCACCACUUCACCAGCUAUAAGAUAGAGAUCAUAGCCUGCAACCAUCUCACAGACACCAAACGCUGCAGCAUGGCUACCUAUGUCAGUGCCCGGACCAUGCCGGAGUUAAAAGCAGACGACAUCCCAGCCCAUGUGACCCAUGAGAUCGUGAAAGCUGAGCCUCCCUAUGUGUUUGUUCGAUGGAAUGAGCCUCCUUCGCCUAAUGGCCUCAUCAUCCUUUAUGAGGUGUUCUACAAGAAGGUUGGAGACCCAGAGCCCCACUCGACUUGUGUGUCACGGCUGACCUACCAAAAGAUGGGUGGCACAAAGCUCACGCUCGUACAGCCUGGGAACUACAGCGUGAUUGUCCGGGCCACAUCCUUGGCUGGAAAUGGAUCUUUUACAGAAACCACCUACUUCUUCAUGCCUAGCCCUGAUACAGGAUUAGUUUGGAUUGUGAGUGGUCCGGUCAUCUGCUCCAUCCUACUGCUGUUUGUGGGAAGCGGCGUCUUUUUCAUCAUCAGGAAAAGACAAACUGAAGGUCCGUUAGGAGAUCUCAUCACCUCACCGAAUCCUGAAUACUUCAGCGCCAAUGACAUGUAUGUUCCAGAUGAGUGGGAGGUUCCCCGGGAGAAGAUCACGCUCCUCAGGGAACUGGGUCAGGGCUCCUUUGGCAUGGUAUACGAGGGAAUCGCUCAAGACAUCGUCAAAGGAGAACCGGAGACGCGUGUUGCCGUGAAGACGGUCAACGAGUCGGCCACCCUGAGAGAGAGGAUCGAGUUCCUGAACGAAGCUUCGGUCAUGAAGGCCUUCAUCUGUCACCAUGUGGUUCGUCUGCUGGGAGUCGUGUCCAAAGGUCAGCCCACGCUGGUGGUGAUGGAGCUGAUGACUCAUGGCGACCUGAAGAGCUACCUGCGAAGUCUGAGGCCAGACUCUGAGAACAACCCAUCGGGCUGCCCACCGCCCACUCUGAAAGACAUGCUCCAGAUGGCAGCAGAAAUUGCAGACGGCAUGGGCUACCUCAAUGCCAAGAAGUUUGUGCACAGAGACCUGGCGGCCAGAAACUGCAUGGUGGCUGAGGACUUCACUGUCAAGAUCGGAGACUUUGGAAUGACGCGGGAUAUUUACGAGACGGACUACUACCGUAAAGGAGGAAAGGGCCUUCUUCCCGUCAGGUGGAUGGCUCCAGAGUCUCUGAAGGACGGAGUGUUUACCGCACACUCUGACUGCUGGUCUUUUGGGGUCGUGCUGUGGGAAAUCAGCACGUUAGCAGAGCAGCCUUACCAGGGUUUAUCCAAUGAGCAGGUUCUGAAGUUUGUCAUGGAUGGAGGGUUCCUGGACCGACCCGACAACUGCCCUGAGAGGAUACACAGCCUGAUGCAGAUGUGUUGGCAGUACAACCCUAAGGUUCGGCCAACGUUCCUCGAGAUCAUCGAUAUGCUGCGGGACGACCUGCACCCGACCUUCCAGGAGGUCUCCUUCUUCCACAGCGAGGAGAACAAAGUCCCGGAGACGGAGGAGUUCGACCUGGACCUGGACAACAUGGAGAGCAUCCCCUUGGACCCGUCUUCUUAUUCCCAGAGAGAGGAGAGCUUGGGGAGGGACAGCGGGCCGUCAGUGGGCCUGAGGGGGAACUAUGAGGAGCACGUGCCCUAUACACACAUGAACGGGGGCAAGAAAAAUGGAAGAAUCUUAUCGUUGCCGAGAUCCAGUCCUUCCUAACAUCUCCUGCCCCAUCCCCCCCCACCCCCCACCCAAAAAUGACUAGUAACACUUCCCCCCACCUCCUCUCUUCAGUCCAUUUUUCUGUACCCUGCAACCGUUUUCUAAGGAUUUUCUUAUUAAUAGAGAAACCCUUCAAAAAACAAAAAAAAGACAGAUCUCAGGACUUUAAAUUUUCUUCCUCAUGGCUGCCAAACCAAGGCAAGCAAGGGAUGCAAAUGCCUUUUUUUAACUUGUUCCAUGACACAUCAGACUGUAUAUUACCCAAAUCUAUGGUAAUAGGUUAACACCAUGUUUCCAGGACUCCUUGUGAUGGAAACAACAAUGAAAAAAAAAAAAAAUCAAAACUGUGAACACAACAAACCUUAGACAACCAAGAAGGCUGCUCAACCUUCCCCCCAACCCCUCUGCCGAACUGCAUUUUCCACACUUCUGUGCUUUUACCUUUUUUUGUCUCUCCAAAUGAAAUGUUUUUACUCUGAUGGUGGCCUUUUUUUAAAACACGUGGCCUAUAAACUAAAGAAUCGUUUUCCAAGUAAUUUUUUGUUUUUGUACAAUGACUUAAUCAGUGAGAUGACUUGCAAAGAAUUGAUUUUAGAACAAACAUCUAUUCCUGGAGGAACGUUUUCUUUCGCUUAUUUUUUGGUUCUGCAAAAUUCCAAACUACACACAGAUUUAUCUUGUGUUUGGUGAAUAGUUUUAAUUUAUUGGCUUUAUCCUUAUUUCUCUCCUCUGUUUGUUUCUGUGUCCUCACUUUGUGGCUGAAGGAUAUUUAAACAUUUAAAAUUUGGACAAAAGAGUUCAUCAGACUGACCAAUAGCUGCUGCUUUGUUAUGUUAUAGUGGGUAUAUAUAUAUAUAUAUAUAUAUAUAUAUAUAUAUAUAUAUAUAUAAUAUUAGUAUAUAUAAAAUAAUGGCAUUUCUCAGCCAAUAUGUUAUAUAUAAUAUACUGUAUAACAUUGAGGGGUUUUUGUAAAUACUGUACUUGAUAUUUGUGUUCAUUGGAGGCUUUGCUUGUGUUUUAAUGUCUGUUUUUCUUUCUUUUUUUAAUUCUUAUUUUGUUGUUUAGCCCCAGAAAUUACACUAAUCUACCGUCAGUGCUCUCUGUGUCUUAGGCAUCCAGCCCUUGAUUAUUUUUUUAUUCAUUGAUUUUACUUUUUGGAGGAAGAUUUUUGAUAUUUGGAGGCUACUUUACUACUGCAGAAAUAAUUUAAAAGUAAAACAGGAUAAAUAACCUAAAAGCUUUACAAAAGGGGAGGGAAUGAGGCCUUAAUAGGGUCAAAGCCCCCCUGAUAAGUGUUCGUCUGCUGUCUUUCUCUGGUCAGAUCACAGUUUGCCUUUUAAUCGAUUUGGUGUUUUUGGGGAGAAAAACACAUACUUUGGUUGCAUAAAUUUGGUGUAGAAAUUGUGCAACUUUUACUGGUUUAGUUGUCUGAGUGCGUCUCGGUUAUGGCUUGUAUUGAUCCUGGCUCUCGGGGUAAUAAGGCAGGUGUAGUGGAUGAUGUUUGGGAUUUAAAUCUCUGAGAUUUUCUGCAUCACACUCGAGGAUUGAUAAAUCUUCCACACCUCAUUGCUCCUGUAACGACGGCGCUUCCUCUAAGGCUUCCUGUCGGCAGCUGAAUUCUCCUUUCCGAAUGGGUCUGGUGGAAAUUUCCACGUUUCCUGGCAGAGGGCUGGAGAGAGAUGCGGAAAGUUCCAAAUGUAUUCAGAGCCGGCAGUCCUGUUCUCUGUUCAGCGCACUUGGUGGGUUGGGGGGGCGGGGUCAUGAGUUGAUUGUUAAUCCUUUUCUUCUUCUCCCUGCCAUCACAUGCAGCUACACAGUCGGGACACGGCGUGCAGCAGCUAUCUCGCUCAGGACUGACAUUCCAGGAUUCAGUCAAAGCUCCUCAUCCCCUCACAAUCCUGUUUGGCCGAAACCUUUGGACUGUUUUGAUGUGAACAAUCGAUGGCUGCUUGGAUUUUAAGAAGAUCUCACGGUGUCCUGUCUUUUUAUCAUUUUCACACUAUAAAUCUAGGAGUUGAAAACAUUCCUAUCAGCAGUGCCAACAACUAAAAGAUUCCCAUUCAGCAGAUAGUCAGGAAACACCCUUCUCUCAAAUGGCAACGUUUCUCUAGUCCUUUCCUUUAAGGACACAGGUAGUGUGAUUGCCAAGCUAGCUGAGCAGCAUUUAUCAUUUAAAGGGUGGCCAAAGUCAGAGAUAGCAGAGAAGCUGCCUCCAUAUCUGACCAGUGCCUUUUUUAAUUGAUUUUUUCUAAAAACCAGAGCCUCUUCUAGGCUGGUGCGACAUACAGAAAACCACCCCUGGUGCCCUUUCUGUUUUUUGUUUUAACAUUUCAAGAAAAGCAGUUUUCUGAUUUGUUCUUUGAGCCACUGAGGAACCUUUGGGUCAGUGUGGAUAGUCCAGAGUCUAUAAGGUCGGCCCCCAGAGUCACAUAAAGUUAGGAUUUACCGAAAUAGACCACUUUGUGUGCCACCGAAGUGGUGGCACACAAAGUGGUAAAGAUGUGUAUCAAGACAUAAAAUAUAUUCUGUCUGUAUUGCAAUAGCAUAAUCUCACACCCCUUAAUUUGAGUAUAUUUAUUUAAUUCAGGAAAUAAUCAAACAUAUUCAACAGCAGUACAUUUACUAGUAACCAGAAUAAUCCCUGUAAAAGAAAUGUAACUAGGUUUUCUCUGGGAUUUAGGUCUGGGGACUAAGAUGGUCAUAGAGCAAGCUGGAUUUUGUGUCUGGUGAACCAUUUCUGUGUUGAUUUGGAAGUUGGUAAUUAGUUUUGGACCUUUAUUCUGCUGGAAGACCCAAUGACCACCUUUUUACAGUUUACUGAUAACAGUCCACAAGAUCUCCUGAUGUUUUAAAGAGUUCGUGGUGUAAUUGCCUUCAGCAAGGUUGUCAGGAGCUUUGAAAGAAUAACAAGCCCACAGCAUCACAGAUCCUCCACCGCACUUUGCAGUGGACAUGAAGAUUUUGGUGUAAUUCCACUUAAACUCUCAGAAACUUACAUUUGUGAUGGUUGGAUAGAAGAGGUUCCUUAGCAACCACUUGGCAUGUAUAUAGCAUGCAAAGGUUGCUAUGGUGACCCCUGAUGCCUCAUAUUGCUGGAGAUUCUUUUUUUUAGCUCCAUUACCAUCACACAAACUGUAAACAAUGACAAUAUGAAUCUCAAGUUAGCAUAAAAAAGAGAAGUGUUUCAGUUACAUUUAUUUUAAAGGAAUUGUUAGGGGUUCGGCAAUUAGGCUGCCAGUGAUUUUGUUUGAAACAAUUAUUUCUUAUUUAUUUAGUGGUGGUUCUUCUGUGAGGUUCUGCUACAGCAACAAAAGAAGAGGGAUUUAUUUUAAGGCUUUUUUACACCACAUAUACCAGGAGUUCCUACAAAUUUGUCCGCAUCAGAUUUUUUUAAGUCAUUCUUCAGCUCCAUACUUGAGAUGUUCACAGGCAUAGUUUCCAUAACAAAAUUCGAACAAUAUAUAACAUUUCACAAUUCCACCUUGCUUUCUAAAAUUGAGGAUCUUAAAAAUGAUUCCACCAUUUAUGUGUACAUUUUCCGGUACUAGCACACCACAGAAAACACUUGUAGCUUGGGGCUUGUCUGCAUAUGCAGAUAUUUACUUAAGAUACCCCUUAUGUUUGGAAAAAAACAGCUAUUUCUUUUAAAGUGAACGCCUUUCGCUUUGUGAUGGCGGUGAGCAGCUCUGUUUAUAGUUUGUAAGUCAUUGUCGUCUUUGUGUUUGGCCAGAGUCUACCUCAGUGCCGAAGGAGGAAUCAGUUCAAAGAGCCUCAAUCAUCCCCAAAAUCCCUUUAUCCUACAUUUUACAAAUAUAUAUCUCCUGCCUCCUUUUAUAUAUCAUUAGUUAUCUGUACUUCUUGUGUUGGGGGGGGGGGGGGGGGGCCUUGCAUUAUUUUAGACUGAUCACAGCAGCCCCCAUGCUCCACGGCAGCCACCAGAGGAAGCAGAUGACCUCCAGACUGCUUCUCUCUGUUCAUAUCUGAUGUUUUCACAGCGGAUCCUCUGAAGUGGAUCUGUUCUCACCUGUUUGCAGCCAAAGCUAACCAAGCCCAGUCAUGGACCUUAAGCUCUGUAAAUGACAACCCUGUUGUCUUGAGUCUGAUUUUUGUCGUCGGUGUAUGUUUUUUUGCUUUGUUUGUUUUUUGUUGUUUUUUCCAACUGUGAAUAUCAAGAGAUGAUCUUUUAUCUCCUGUCAAUACCAUGGAUUCAGUGGGUCUGUUGUGGCAGAUCAUGACACAGAAGUGCGGGCCAGUUAAAGAGAACCUUUUCCCUGCUUCAGAGGAGAAAAGGUGACUGGGACAAUCCUGUGUGCCAUAAAAAAAAACAACUUUUAACUAAUAUAAAAUCUUGAUUGUAAAUUUAAGUCUCAGGGAGGCAGCUCAGUGCUUUGUCUCAAGAGCAUAAAGAGGAGGAGGAGGAGAAAGAAGAGCAACCUACCUUUUUAUCUACCCUGAGUUGUUCCCAACUAAAGAUAAUCAGGAAUCCCCAUCUUUGGCUCUUAUGUGAUGUGGUUCAGGCUGCCCUCUUGUGUUUUUAUGGGGGUGUUGCAGGUCCCAAAGUGCCUUCUGAAGACUUAAUGGCACACCUGACUCGGACUGUCCCAUAGACUGGCCUGUCUCCACCAAUCGCAGAAUAUUUAACAUCUAGAAACAUGUUUUUUACAUAUUCUGCUUUUUCCUUUUAGCUGUAAGAGCUGAAAAAAUACUGUAAUUCGGGAUUAAGAAGAAAACUGAAAAGAAAAACUGAUGAACUCUACUGAGUGCCAGCUUGCUUUGUUCAUUGGUAAUGGAAAAACAUGCACCAACUUGAUGGUUUGAUGUUUGUGGAUUUUUGCUUCUGAUCUGUCUGUUACAACAGGGACACCCACUCCAAAGCACACAAAAAAUAAGAUGUAUCAUUUGGAAAACUAUAAUUAUUAAUAAGCUCUUCAAACUAAAUAGCAUAUGUCUGUCCAGAAAAGUGGGAAAAUAGAGAAGAAUUUGAUUUUAGGGAAGGUUUGCUGAACUCUGGUUGGGUGAGAACAAAGCAGAUUAUGGUUUAUUGUUUUGGUGUAAGCAGAUAAAAAAGUAUUACGUUUUAGAGAUGUUGAUUUCUAUUUUUUUAGCCAAAGUAGGGCAGGAUAAAUACAAUACUUUUUCUCACUGUAAAGUUUUCCUACUCUUGUACAUGAUGAAUUCAUCAUUAUCAAUGUGUGUAUAUAUCUUUUCUAAAUUUAAAAUUAUCGAUUUUUCUUAUUGUUUUUAUGACCCACCACACAGAAACAUGUCACAGGCUCUGUAUUUAAAUAGGAGGAGCACCAGCUCUCCUGUCUGAGGACAAGAUAACAAACCUUAAACUUUUCACACCCCAUAAUCCCACGCUAGGUUUCUGAAUGUUGGCCGCCCAGGCCCACUCUUUUAAACCGAACCUCGGUCUAAGCAGCAUGUCGACUGCAAAGCCUUCUCUCCUCUUAUGUCUCCUUUUUCUUUUCUUUUCAAUAAAAAACAGGUUCAAACAAUAGUCUUUUUCCUUUUUAUUUACAGUUAAGGGAAACGCUGGACAAGACCACCGCGUAUUUAUUUUAGAGACGAAUUAUAUGUAAUAAGACCCAGAAUAAACUGAAAAAGAAAAGCUCACUGGUGCUCCAGAGAGUACGGCUCUCUGGAGUUCGGACGGUGAAGCUGGAGGUGUUUCUUCUUCCAAAGAGUCAAACAGAAUAUUCAAAUGUUUAUACAUUUGGUAAAAGCCUGUUCAACGUCUUUUCAUUUAGCAGAUUGUUUUCCAUUCAUAAAAAUUUGAUAAUCAGUUUUUAUAACUUGAAACACCUCCUGCUCUGACUGAAUCCACCAGUGUCUAAUGUAGACAUUUUGAAUGUGAUUUAUGGAUUCUGACUGGUCGCAGAUGAAUGUGUGGAAAUCCAACCUCUUCAUAGAUUUCUAAGAACUAGUGGUCUGCUCCAGGACAGUCCCCUUCUGUUCGUCUUGUUUCCUGUGCUGUGGUUUUGUUUGAACCAUUGUUUGAUUACUCCUCUUCCUACUCUCGGUCUUUUAAGUGUCAUCUCUCGGUGCACAUAGGUAGUUCUCCAGAUUUCUGUGUGUAGUCCUGCAAGAUACCUCUUUAUUAAUGUAGGUUUUAUUGCAGAUAUGUUCAUUUUUUGGAACAUGUUGUGUAUACAUUACGAUGAGACCUUGUUGUGAAUGCAGACAGUGGGUGUAAAUGUAUGUGUGUACAGUCCUAACCCCGAAACCUGCAGAAAUCCGAUGCAGGCCGCUUUAUCCCCCAGCUACUCACCUCACACUGGAUCCCGAUGUGCCAUGAUCUAUCUUUCUGUACCGCGGACAGCAAACGUGACGGAGUCCCUCUCACACAUGCAAACGCAGACAGAGAUAAAUGCUCACUGUACAGGAUCAAAAAAACGUGCCAUGACUAAAAGAGCGCUUGACAAUUUAUUUUUUUCUAUACAUUUUCAAAAGGAGAGCCAAGUAGUGACAUGUAAAGAAAAUAUUGCAAUGAUAUGAAAAUAAGAAAAUCUUGCUGUGUGUAAAUUAUUCAACAAUUAACUGUUUAUAUUAAAAUUAUGAAUAAAAUUAUUGGAGAAUA